UCGUACAAUGAAAAAUGGCGGACUCUCCGCGUAGAGAGAGAAAAGGUCCAGCGGAGAGGGAUAGAUCGGACCGGGGUGCACGGUCCAGGAGAAAGCUGGUAAUGGGGACUGAUAAAGGUGUUCCUGAGGCCGAAACUCUGGGCUGUUAUGAUGCACCGUGUGGAAAAGAGCAGCGGCGCGAGCGCUCAGACGAGGAGGACGUCAUGAACGAGCCGUCCCUCCUGAGGUUCAUGUGUGCCGAGUUGACCAGAGGCUACUUCCUGGAGCAUAACGAGGCCAAGUACACGGAGCGCAGAGAGAGAAUCUACACAUGCAUGAGGAUCCCUAAAGAGCUCGAGAAGCUCAUGAUGUUCGGCUGCUUCCUGUGUCUUGACGCAUUCCUCUACGUCUUCACGUUACUGCCCCUCCGAACCCUGCUCGCCUUCCUGAGACUGCUGACCAUCCCCUGUUGUGGCCUUGGGGCACACGUGUGCCCGUAUUGCAGACGGAGCAGCAGUGCUCGGUUCCUGCAGCCAGCCCAGGUGUGUGACCUGCUCAAGGGGCUGAUUAUGGUUCUGUGCUGCUCCAUGAUGCACUAUGUAGAUUACGCCAUGAUGUACCACCUGAUCCGAGGACAGUCCGUCAUCAAACUCUACAUCAUCUACAACAUGCUGGAGGUGGCAGACCGUCUCUUCUCGUCCUUUGGCCAGGACAUCCUGGACGCUCUGUACUGGACCGCCACCGAGCCGAAAUCCAGGAAGAGAUCUCACAUAGGAGUCAUUCCACAUUUCAUCAUGGCCGUCUUCUACGUCUUUCUGCAUGCCAUCCUCAUCAUGGUCCAGGCCUCUACGUUAAACGUGGCUUUCAACUCGCACAACAAGUCUCUGCUCACCAUCAUGAUGUCCAACAACUUUGUUGAGAUCAAAGGAAGCGUCUUUAAAAAGUUUGAGAAAAACAACCUUUUUCAGAUGUCUAACAGCGACAUUAAGGAACGCUUCACUAACUGCAUCCUGCUGCUGAUUGUGUGUCUGAGGAACAUGGAGCAGUUCUCCUGGAACUCAGAUCACCUGUGGGUGCUGCUUCCAGACGUCCUCAUGGUGGUGGCCUCCGAGAUGACCGUGGACGUCGUAAAGCACGCGUUCAUCACCAAAUUCAAUGACAUCACCGCAGAUGUGUACAGAGAAUACAAAGCCAGCUUGGCCCUUGAGCUCGUCAGCAGCCGGCAGCAGUAUGCGUACACAGACUACAGCGACUCAGUGGCCAGGAGAAUGGGCUUCAUCCCUCUGCCUCUGGCUGUUCUGCUCAUCCGAGUCGUAAUGAGUUCUGUGAAGAUCCAAGGAGCUCUCGCAUCUGUCAGCCUGCUGCUGUUCUACCUCGGAAUGAUCACGCUGAAAGUGCUGAACAGUAUCAUUCUGCUGGGAAAAUCCUGUCACUAUGUCAAAGAGGCCAACAUGGAGGGGAAGCUGUUCGAUAAACCCAACACCCCGGCUCCGAAAAAGACCCCCAGAACCCCCAGCCAUGCCAAAUCUCCGCCUCCGUCAGAUAAGAAGCCGAAAGCCCAGCAUCCGCCCCCCUCCGUCACCUCCAUCUCCAAGCAACCUGCCCCACGCACCCCGGACCUCCUCCCUCCGGCUCCUGUCGCCAUGGAAACCAGCGAGCCUGCUCCAGAGAGUCCCUCUAAAGCAGAGGAGGAGGAGAAGAGCAGCGAGACUCCUCACGACACUGAGCUCGAACACAGUACGCUGAAGAAAGACCUGCUGGAGAUCGAUCGCUUCACUCUGUGUGGAAACCGCAUACUUUAGCCGUCUCCGGUUCAGCGUGGAGACGAGACCCGGACGCGACGCUCGUCCCCGGGGUAGAGAAGGGGGGUCGCGAGAUACACGGGCAGCGAGAAUCACCCAGCAACGAACGUUCCAGUGAUGGAGAAUCCGCUGUCUGUGGGAGCCUGGCUGAGUCAUGUGACCGAGGGUCCUGAAGGGAGGGUCCGGUGUCUCCUCCAGGUUUUAUACUGGAGUAGAAAGAGAGAGAGAGACAGAAUUUCAGUGCAGUGGAUCUGCGCUGUCCUGAACAAUGUGAGAAAUCAGUAGAUUGAGGUUAUUAAAUGUUAUGAUUAGCUAUAGCAAAAAGUGACGAAAUAUAACAUAUCAGCGCUUUAUACCUAAUAAACAGGCCACCCCGGGGUCACAGGGGUCCAAGCUGAAAGUGAUUUAAAUUGCUGUACAAUACAGUAUUUCAUAUUUUAAUACGUUUCCUACAGUAUAGCAUCAACUUUCGAAAUGUUUACUCCCUUUAUGCCACAGCGAUGUGCCAACAGAUCCAUUUUUAUUUAUUUUUUAAAAAUGACACACUGAGAUUUAGUUUUUAUCCAUUUAUAGUUAAAUUUCAUGUGGAAGAUGAGCCAUGAAAUGAGUUUGUAUUAUCCCUUACGUUGAAGCGCCUAGAGCCUAUUACUUGACUUCUCUUUUUUUUCCUUCCUCCUCUUCUUUUUACUAAAAAUACAGCUUUAAUGCUGACUCUUAUAAAGCUCUGACACUGGAAAACUCCUUCCAAAAAAUGCUAAAUCAACACAGUCUUACAGAAAACUUCACCACGAUUAUAAUACAGUAUGUGCCAGAAUAUACAGGACUGAAAUGAAAAGAUGAACAAUAUGACCUUGUUGUGUCCUGUGAGUAUAUUCCUCCUAAAAGAAACCAACACGUACACUGUUAGCGUGAUGCAUGAUGUAAGUGUCCGAAGUGUGUGUGUACCACCUCACUGUAGAGGUAUCAUUCACGCAACCCGACUCUCAACCUGGAUUUCUGCGGGAACAGUUCUUGGUGGAUCCUCACAGCUGAACACACUCUCCUUUAACAUUCCGCACAAGUAGGCAUCAGGUGGUGUAAGAUCAGGGCAUUGGGACAAUUGUUCUGCCACCUUUUUGAAACCCGGUCCAUAUUCAUGAUCACUUCCUAAUUUCCACUUCCUUUUCACUGAUGGGAACACAUCCAUCUGGAGCUUUGCUCCGUCGACAAACGCAAAUGCAUCUGAGAUGCGCGAGUUUCAGUACUGUAUAUUUUGGCGCCGACUGUACUUAGUAGUUAGCACUGUCGCCUCGCACCUCCAGGAUUCGCACUUCUCACCUCCACUCCAUGUGCACAGUGGGUUUCCUCCGGAACCUCCGGUUUCCUCCCACAUUCCAAAAGGCUGAUUUGUGUUUCCAAAUUUUCCGUGGUGUAUGAUUAAUAAGUAUAUGCACUUGUGCGGUGUGAUGCAGUGGCACCUCUUCCAGGGUGCCCCCCGCCUUGUGCCCAGAGGAUAUCCCUGGGAUAAGCUCCAGCCCCCACCCUUGUGAUCCUACAACGCAUAAUCGGUAUAAGUAAUGGCUAGAUGGAUGGAGAUUUAGAUUAAAUGGAGCAUCCAUUAAAAGAAAUCCCUUUAAGUUAGCUGUUACUAUGGAAACGGUAUCAUAUUAGAAUGGAAACAUAAACCUGAUAUUUUAAAUUGCUGUCUGAUCUGGCAGGUUUAAGAAUUCUGGGAAACACAUUUGUAACCAUAACAGCAAGAAAAUACUUAAAAUAACAUUUAAAUAUAUAUUUUUUUAUGUGACUAAAAAAGCAUUUUCAACUUGAACCAAUAAAGACGUCGUGUUGCUUGUUUAAUAAAUAUAUCAACUUAGUAACUAAUAAACCUUCAUCUCGGUAUAACACAAUAAGCCAGGUUUAGUCCAGAUCAUUAACAGAUGUCGUAGAUACAGUAGUGCCUAACUUAAUUCACGCCGGUCACGCGGCUGGUACGCGGUUUGUCCAAGAAGAAAAGAGGCUUGAA